UGAAACUAUAUUGUCAUUUAACNGAGGAGGAAGCNAGNAAAUGUUACGAAUGCCUUUGGACUUUUUCAGAGCGAGACAUUGGAUUCAUAAGUUUGGGUGUAUUACAGCAAGUGGGUAUCGANGAGACUUUUUUGCAAGUCAAGGUUCUUGCUGGUUUGAGAAAUUAUGUGAAAAANAAUCCUCAUACUUGAAAGUGUUCUAUUUUCCUUCUCAAAAAUAAAUAUUCAUAUCUUGUG